AGCGUCCGUGAGAUUAGUGAGUGUGUGGGAAAAAGAAAGAGAGCAAGUGUAAAAAGCAAGCCGCUUCUAUCAAACGAGCCGAGCGCUAAGCUAGACAGCAGUGAUUUACGGUGAAAAAGCGCCACCAAGUGACCGGAAAAAGUGCAAAAAAGGAAUCAGCAAACCAAGAGAAGGAAAGAGAGAGUGUGUGUGUGGGCGAAAGCGUAGGGUGGAAAACCUCCCACUGAAGAAAAGCCCGCUUCCGGGCAGGCAAGAGCACAAAACAACGUGCCCGACAAUAGUGUGUGCAGGCGAACGGGCAGAGGAAAAACGGUGAAAAAGCGGAAAAGCGCAACCCUUUUAGGCUACCGAGCCAGCAUCCCAGAGUGUCACCGCUAGUUUUCCCACCCACCAGUGGAAAGUGUGGGCGCCAUAACGAGCUGAGGGGUGGUGUUUCGGUUCGGAAAAAAAGCCGGUCAAGAGAGAGAGAGCGAGUGUGUGUGUGUGUGUGUGUGAACGGAUGCAUGCCGUGCAUGGGAGUGAGUGAUGAACCCGGCACACUAGCCCUUCGAAAGGAUCCGUUCACCAUUUCAGCCAGGCCGGCAGCAGUGAAAUUAAAACAGGAAGUGGCGUGUGCUUUUUGAGGGGCGGGAGCGGGGGUGAGCAACACAAAAAAAAAACAAACAAAGUAAUCAAGCUCCAUACCAAGCGGCCAUGCGGCUGUGGUGCCGAUGGUGGCGAAACCGAGCCCCAAUGAGCAUCCGGUUCGAUUGAUCGCGUAGCCAGGAUCGGCCAGACCCAAAAGCGGGUAGUUCGGAAGGGUACGCGACGCGGUGCAGGAGCACCAACAACACCCACACAGAGAGGUGGUCAACAGAAAAGGAAGAAGAAGAAGAAGAAGAAGAGAAAAGGACCAACACGCAGUCACGUCGAAAACAUGGGUUGUGAAUUAACGAAGCUAGCUGGCAGCGGCAAUGGUGGCAGCUCGAAGGGCAACAACAUGCCAAGCCUGGACGCGUGUGGACCUCCACCGGUGGAUAGCCGGUUGCCGCUAACGGCCAAGCAGAAGUACACGAUGGUGGCCUCGUGGAAGGGCAUCAGCCGGGCGAUGGAGACGACCGGGAUCACGAUGUUCAUCAAGCUGUUCGAGGAGCACGCGGACCUGUUGAACAUGUUCACCAAGUUCAAGGAGCUAAAAACGAAGGAAGAACAAGCGACCUCGGAGGAGCUGCAGGAGCACGCGAACAAGGUGAUGAACACGCUGGACGAGGGCAUCCGUGGGCUGGACGAUUUGGACACGUUCUUCGAGUUCAUCCACCAGGUUGGGGCAUCGCACCGACGCAUCCCCGGCUUCAAGCAGGAGUAUUUUUGGCGCAUCGAGGAACCCUUCCUGUCGGCCGUCUCGACCACGCUCGGUGAUCGCUACACGCAGAACGUGGAGGGAAUCUACAAGCUCACUAUCAAGUUCAUCAUCGAGACGCUGGUAGCGGGCUACGAAGCAAGUGCCAACAAUAACGUCGACAACACGACCACCUCCUCCACGUCCGGUGGUACGGCGGGGACGGCCAAGCAACCCGACCAACCGAACCGAGCGUCCUGAGCGCCCUGAAGGGUUUUUGGUUUUGUUUUUUUUCCCCUAUCUCCCAUCUACCCGGGAACGGGCAUCGAUUGGGAUGGGGGCCUCCAUUUCCAUCUUCCCAGCAAAACCGGACCGUCGUAUCCUUUUGGCUCACACUGGAGGCAUGACGAACGACAGAAGCAGCCGGAGCAGCAACAGGAGAAGCAAGUUCCAGACUCCAGAGUGGCGAUUGGGAAUGAAAUUAAGCGAGCUGGCGGCCGACCCUUCCAGGACGGUGUUGUUUCGUUUACGUUUUUUUUUUGCGCGCGGAAUAUACAUUAUCGAAAUCGUCAUCAUCGUCGUCGUCGUCGUCGUCGUCGUUAGGCAGAGAAUUUAUAGAAUUAUCGUGUCGUGGUAGAACAAAACUCGUGCUAGCAAAAAAGAAAGAAAAAAAAACAAGGAUAGUGCAACCGUUUUCGCGCCGUUAGUCCUGGAAGCAGAAGUUUGGGGACAGCCUGUGGGGGAGGCAGGUAAUAUCAUUUUAUAAGCGAACGGUGCAACCGAACCGGAGGGACGAUAUCCGCCCGACCAUCGGAAAUGGGUUUGUUAGCAGAAGCAGCGCAACAGCAGCGAAACGGCAACAAAUCCGCGCGAAGGAAACAAAACCUCAGACGAGGAGAAAAACAGAUUCGAUUGAAGCGGGGAGAAUCGUUUUGGAAUCAUCACGGGCAUUCCUAAGAAUUGAUCGUUUGACCAUCAGCCUUAAAGUGAACAAAAUGAAAUCACACGUAAUAAUAAUUAUUAUUAUUGAUAAACAAACAAAACAAAAAAAAAAUUAGAAAAUAGUCUUAGUAGGCCGGUACACAAAACAAAGAUGGCCGAUAGGAUGUGGGGGCGACCGAGCAACCGGAACGGUGCCGAUGGGAAUAUCCUUUUCCUCCCCAUCCUCCCCAGUAAAGGUGUUUAGAAAGGAAGGGCGAAAAUUAGGAGUGGUUGUAAUGGAUAUGCUUGUGUGUAAUGCCCAGUAAGAUCAGACCGUGCCGGUAAUCACACCGGUUAGCCGUUAGUUUAAUUGUAGGGCGACCGAUCCGCCGAGGACCUCGCCGUGCAUAAUUGUUGUUGACACUCACUGAUCCCCGUGGUCGAUUCUGCCGCAGCUUAGUAGGCGUAUGUGUGUGUGUGCGCGCGGAACGAUCCGAAACCGAGCGGUGGUAGCAGCUUUAGCAGCGAAGCCACUACCACAACGCGCCUGUGUGCCUGUGGAAAUCGCCUGUGGAAAUGCGGGGGUUUUGGGUGGGGCGAAAACCAAAAGUAACAGAAAAGAAGAAGGGGGGCUUUUACGAGCCCUGUUUCGGUUGUCCAGUUGUGCUGAUUAGUGUGUGAAUUUUGGUCCUAUCGUUUGUACACCCGUUGCGUUGAAAGCGUGCCUGAAACGGAAGGACGUUGAUAGGAUAGUGGGGACGUAUGUGUGCGUGUGUGAGCGUGUUGGGAAAAGACGGUGAGAAAAGUAGGCUAAAAAAUGGAACAAACUAACACAACAAAAAAUCAACAACAACUCAAAAACAAAAAAACAACGCUAAGUGAUCCUUGUUUGUAGCUUUACGAUCGUUUUCACCCGGCCAGCCGAACGGUGUCCUGAU